AUGGAGUUUGCAACAAGACCACCUUCUAAUUGUAUUAACCCUGUAAAUUAUAUUAUUAUUUGAUAGGAUUCAUAAUCUCCAUUAAAAUUUAUAAGGAAACUAACAAGGUAAGCUUCAACAGUGAAUGGAUCAUCAUUUAAAAUUUAGACUUGCAUAUAAUCUGUUCCAAAUAAAACUUAGGAUGUGAUCCAAUAAUGCAUAGAAAUUGUUGAUUAAAUCAGAUAAUAACAUCAGGAAAGGUAGGGUAGUAGAUUUUUUCAUGUCCGUUCAUGUUCUAUGCCUUGUGACAGAGUUUCGAUAAUCAAUUAGUUGAUUGAGACAAUUUUGCCUUAAUCUCCAAGAAAACCACAAAGAUCAUUAGAGUAGGAUUAUAUAUAUUUAAUAUUAGAGGAGAGAUUCAAUCUGUGAUGAAUUAGUUAAUAGAGGAGAAGUAAUAUAAAUAAAGGGCAAUUGAUUAGAGGGAUAGUUUAGCAAAAAGAUAAGAUUAUUCGAUAUAAUAAUUAGUAAGAUUUUAUAGAUAUACUUUAAGAAAUCUCGAAUUGAGCAAUAUUAAAAGAUAAAUUGA